GGCCAGUGUGUAACCGCACGCGGGAGGCCGCCGCAUCUUGUUACCAGGGAAAUAUCAGCACGCAGGAAGUGUGGUCCCGGGGUUUAUAAACUCUCCCGAGACAGGAAGAGCACAGACAACAAAUGCGACAUCACGCUCUCUUCUGCACAGACACCGAGAGGUCAGGUAUAAAGCGGAUUGUCAGAGGCAGGGGGCAUGAGCGACUGAUCACAGCGUUGUGUUCUACACCGUCGGUACAGUGCGGCAGAGGGUGGCACACUUCUCCCUCAAUCAGUCGGUGCAACAGCAGCUCACUCAGCACACAGCGCGGGCAUGGAGAGUAGCAAUCUCUCGAGUCUUGUCAAGGUGCUGGCGGUGAUAGGGAUCAGCCUGGCGGCAGGUCUUGUGCUGGACGUGCGGGAUCCUUCAGACACGCUUCUUGGGGGCGGCUACCCGGAGCUGUGGAGGAGAGCGGGGCUGGCCGGUGCCCCUGCCCGCGCCGCAGCCUGCAUCCUCGCCGGGGUGUCGCUCCUUGCGCUGGGCUGGCUGUACAGACUCCUGUUCGCUCCGCUGGAGCUGCUUCGCACGCCCGACGAGGUGGGGUACAUCACCGAGGACGGCCGCUCCCGCGCUCAGGCGGCCAACGAGGUGCGCAGGAGACGGAAGACCGGAGAGCUGCCGCCGGUGUAUCCGAACGGCUGGUACCGGGUGCUGGACUCACACAUGCUGGAGCGAGGGGAUGUGAAGAGCGUCACGAUACUCGGUGAACAGGUGGCAGUUUUUCGGGGCCAGGAUGGGACGGCCUAUGUGGUGGACGCCUACUGCCCCCACCUGGGUGCCAACCUGGCGGUGGGCGGGCGGGUCGUGGGGGGGUGUAUCGAGUGCCCCUUCCACGGCUGGCAGUUUCGGGGGGAGGACGGGAAGUGUGUGCGGAUCCCCUACGCUGAGAAAGUUCCGGAGUUUGCCAAGGUGCGGUGCUGGCCCAGCUGUGAGAGGAACGGGUUGGUGCUGGUGUGGUUCCACUGCGACGGCGCCGAGCCCAGCUGGACCAUCCCGGAGCAGGGGGAAAUCUCCCGGGGAGAGUGGGUCUACAGGGGCCGCACCGAGCACUUCAUCAACGCCCAUAUCGAGGAGAUUCCAGAGAAUGCAGCUGACAUUGCUCACCUGGCACACCUGCACACGCCAGGUAUAGUCAGCGGCGUGGACCUGCGCUACACCAACAGCAAGACCUGGGAGUUUGUGCGCCAUGACUGGAAGGUGGAGUGGAAGCCAGAACCGGAGCCUAACAAGCACUGCUCUCAGAUGCUGGUCAAGCACGCGCUCACUGUGUUCGGACGCCACUGGCCCCUGCUCGAUGUGGACGUGGUGGCCAGACAGGUGGGCCCGGGUGUGGUGUUCCUGCACUUUGACCACAGCUUCCUGGGUCGCGGGGUGAUUAUGCAUUGCGUGACCCCGGUGGAGCCGCUGCUUCAGUGUGUCUCCCACACCAUCUUCUACCAGAGCAGCAUCCCUCCCCUGGUGCCCAAAUUCAUCCUGAGGGCCGAGUGCAUCCAGUUUGAGCGGGACGUGAUGAUCUGGAACAACAAGAAGUACAUCUCCAAGCCCAUGCUGGUGAAGGAGGACUCGGCUAUCCAGAAGCACCGCCGCUGGUUCAGCCAGUUCUACAGCGAGAAUAGCCCCCGGCUGCGCUUUCAGCAUGACACCCUGGACUUCUGA